UGUGUGCGUGCGCGGUCGCCCUGCCUCUGCCCGCUCCCCGGGCGCAGAGCCGCGGGUUCCAUGGGGCGAUCAGUGCGGAUCCCCCACCCAGCACGACCCGAGGGCAACGGCGGCAGUGGCAGGAGCCACCUCUCUGACUCCCUAGGAUGCGGGUGCUGAGCUAUGGCAAAGGGCAGCGAAGUGACAAGCGAGACCCGAGAACGACAGUGAAAGCCACCUGGAGCCACCUUGCCGGGAUUGUACCUGCAGGCAGAAAGUCCUCCUACGACCGUCUUUCCCCCUAGAGGCACCAGAGCCCCUGUAACAAUUGAGCUAGGUGUUGGGAAGAUAUGUAGUAGCUGCUGACCUGUCCUUCUGACACCAGCUUCAGAAUCCGCUUUGGAGAUGCUUGCACCUUGUCUGAUUUCUGCAGCAGCCAGGCAGAGUGCUGACUCCUCCCCAGCAGUGAGGAAACCUUCAGGCUCCAGAAGCUCUUAAAUUUGAUCUACAAUGGAAAAAUUUCUUUUCUAUCUGUUUUUCAUUGGCAUAGCAGUGAGAGCUCAGAUCUGUCCAAAGCGUUGUGUCUGUCAAAUAUUGUCUCCUAAUCUUGCAACCCUUUGUGCCAAGAAAGGGCUUCUAUUUGUUCCACCAAACAUUGACAGAAGAACUGUGGAACUGCGGUUGGCAGACAAUUUUGUUACAAAUAUCAAAAGGAAAGAUUUCGCCAACAUGACCAGCUUGGUAGAUCUGACUCUAUCAAGGAACACAAUAAGUUUCAUUACACCUCAUGCUUUUGCUGAUCUACGCAAUUUGAGGGCUUUGCAUUUGAAUAGCAACAGAUUGACUAAAAUUACAAAUGAUAUGUUCAGUGGGCUUUCGAACCUUCAUCAUUUGAUAUUGAACAACAAUCAGCUGACUUUAAUUUCUUCUACAGCAUUCGAUGAUGUGUUUGCCCUUGAAGAGCUGGAUUUGUCCUAUAACAAUCUAGAAACAAUUCCUUGGGAUGCUGUUGAGAAGAUGGUUAGCUUGCAUACUCUUAGUUUAGAUCACAAUAUGAUCGAUAACAUUCCUAAAGGGACUUUCUCCCACUUGCACAAGAUGACGCGGCUAGAUGUGACAUCAAAUAAACUGCAGAAGCUACCGCCUGACCCUCUCUUUCAGCGAGCUCAGGUCUUAGCAACCUCAGGAAUCAUAAGCCCAUCGACUUUUGCAUUGAGUUUUGGUGGCAAUCCCUUGCACUGCAACUGCGAAUUGCUGUGGCUGAGGCGCCUAUCCCGAGAAGAUGACCUGGAGACCUGUGCUUCUCCUGCGCUUUUAACCGGCCGCUAUUUCUGGUCAAUUCCUGAGGAAGAAUUUUUGUGUGAGCCACCCCUCAUUACUCGCCACACGCAUGAGAUGAGAGUCCUGGAAGGCCAAAGGGCAACCCUGAGGUGCAAAGCUCGGGGAGACCCGGAGCCUGCAAUUCAUUGGAUUUCACCUGAAGGAAAGCUGAUUUCAAACGCAACGAGAUCGCUGGUGUACGAUAACGGCACACUUGACAUUCUUAUAACGACUGUGAAAGACACAGGCGCUUUUACCUGUAUUGCUUCCAAUCCUGCUGGGGAAGCAACGCAAUCGGUGGACCUUCAUAUAAUUAAGCUCCCUCACCUAUUAAACAGUACAAACCAUAUCCAUGAGCCGGAUCCUGGAUCUUCAGAUAUCUCAACUUCUACAAAGUCGGGCUCAAAUGCAAGCAGUAGUAAUGGUGAUACUAAAAUGAGUCAGGAUAAAAUUGUGGUGGCAGAAGCAACUACGUCGACAGCACUACUUAAAUUUAAUUUUCAAAGAAAUAUUCCUGGAAUACGUAUGUUUCAAAUCCAGUACAAUGGUACUUACGAUGACACCCUUGUUUACAGAAUGAUACCUCCUACAAGCAAAACUUUCCUGGUCAACAACCUGGCAGCUGGAACUAUGUAUGACUUGUGUGUGUUGGCCAUAUAUGAUGAUGGCAUUACGUCCCUCACUGCCACGAGAGUUGUGGGCUGUAUCCAGUUUACUACGGAGCAGGAUUAUGUCCGGUGCCAUUUCAUGCAGUCCCAGUUUCUGGGAGGCACCAUGAUUAUAAUCAUUGGUGGCAUCAUCGUUGCGUCUGUGCUGGUUUUCAUCAUCAUUCUAAUGAUCCGAUAUAAGGUCUGUAACAAUAAUGGGCAACACAAGGUCACCAAGGUUAGCAACGUUUAUUCUCAGACUAACGGGGCUCAGAUGCAAGGCUGUAGCAUAGCACUGCCCCAGUCCAUGUCCAAACAAGCCGUGGGACACGAGGAGAACGCCCAGUGCUGUAAAGUUACCAGUGACAAUGUCACUCAAUCUUCAGAAACGUGUUCGAGUCAGGACUCUUCUACCACUACCUCUGCUUUGCCUCCUAGCUGGACUUCAAGCACGCCUGCAUCCCAAAAGCAGAAAAGAAAGACUGGCACAAAGCCAAGCGCUGAAGCACAGAGUGAAGCUCUCACCAAUGUUGAGUCCCAAAACACUAACAGGAACAACUCAACUGCAUUGCAGUUGGCUAGCCAACCUCCUGAUUCUGACACAGAGGGGCCCACAUCUAAACGAGCACAUACCAAGCCAAAUUCUUUGCUGACUAUUGUUGACCAGAUUGUCCAGGAAACACAGAGGCUGGAGUUAAUCUGAAGAGCACCACUUCUCUCUCUCCUGAAAAAAGUUGCCACUGAUAUUUUUACUGGAUAAAAUUAAACAGUGUUGCAGUUCACAAAGGCUAACGUUGAACUGUGUCCUACAAGAGCUGUCCAGAGGAGCCGACGUGGAACCCGAAGUUACCGUGGCCAGCAAAACUGGCUCCUUCAGACAAUGGUUCAUUCCCUUUGAAAACCAAUUUUUUUUUCUUCUGGCCUACAAGUAUUUUUUUUAAGAAGAAAAUUAAAAAAAAAUUACAUUGGUAUCAAGUUCUGUAUCAAUCCAUCUUACAUUGCCAUCCAUUACUUAACAGACUGUAGAAUCUUGAAUAAUCUAUAUCACUUUAACAAAUAAAUGUUUUACUAUGACA